AACCAAUUUUUUCUUCUUAAUUCCUAUUGGGUUGUUCAAAUUUUUAUUCUUUUCCAAUUUGGGUAUUUCUCUCACUUUUUAUACACUUCUUAUCAUGUUUCUACAUUGCCAAGAUACAGUUUUGUUUUGAAAACAUCAAUGCAGAUUGUAUUGUAUCAUACUAGCACCGUCACCUUUGAAAAAAGGCAUGUUAUGUGGAAUUUCCAUUGGACCUUUUUGUACUGUCAGUUCUUCUGCAAAGCUAGGGAAUGGUUGUAAGCUAUAUCCAGGAAGCCAUGUUUUUGGAAACACUGAGUUAGGGGACGGUUGUACGCUGAUGACUGGCGCUGUUGUUGGUGAUGAUUGUCCUGGAUGUACUGUCAUUGGAAGCAAUAACACAAUAGGAUAUCAUGCUGUGAUUGGUGUCAAAUGUCAAGACUUGAAAUAUAAGCCAGAAGACGAGUGUUUCCUAGAAGUUGGACAUAAUAAUGAUAUUAGGGAACAUACUUCAAUUCACCGAUCUUCAAAAUCAACAGAUAGAACGGUAAUUGGUGAUGGAAAUUUAAUUAUGGGAGCUUGUCAUAUUGCCCAUGAUUGCAAGAUUGGCAACAACAACAUUUUUGCUAACAACACUCUUCUAGCCGGGCAUGUUGAGGCGGAAGACUAUGUUCACACUGCCGGUGCGACAGUAGUUCACCAAUUCUGUCAUCUUGGCUCGUUCUCUUUUCUCGGCGGUGGUUCUGUGGUUUCACAAGAUGUUCCAAAAUACAUGAUGGUAGCAGGGGAUAGAGCUGAGCUUCGUGGCCUAAAUUUAGUUGGCCUUGCUCGACGCGGAUUCAGCAUUGAAGAGAUCAGGAGCCUUAAAACAGCUUAUCGGAAGAUAUUCAUGUGUGCUGAUACAACUGCAGUGUCUUUUGAAGAAAGGCUUGCACAAGUGGAGCAGCAUGAAGGAUUGAUUCACAUUCCUGUCGUGCGUGCUAUGUUGCAAUCUAUUCGUGACUCUUUUGCAGAAAAUCGUCGUGGAAUAUGCAAGUAUAGAUCAUGGAGUGGCUCUUGAAGCAUGCUGCUGUGGGCAAGUUGUUAUGUAUACAUUUUAUUUUCAAGAUAUGUCAUGCUGUUUUCAGCUCAAGUAGGAGCUCAAGUGAGAGUUUAUUCAGUCUUGUAGGAAGUGUAUUCAUUCAGAAUCACUUAUUUUUGUAUAGGUACUCAAUAGUAGAGACAUGUAUUCAUUGGAAACAUCAUUUAAUUCUUUUAGAUUAAACCCUGUUUUGUAGUAGUAGCUUUUAAAAAAUAUUUAAAAACAUGUAUAAUUUUAUUUUGAGCCUAUUCGGAUAUAUUGUUUAAUAAAUUGCUUAAAAGAUAAAUGUUUAUUAUAUAAGCUUUGCAUUUAAAGAAAAACUCUAACGGAGUAGUUUUAUGUAUAAGUUAUAAGUUGUUUUUCUAAAUUAUUUUGAAGUUAUCGAAGAGUUUGGUUAUUUUAGAUUAUUUUAAAAAGAAAAUCAAUUUUUUUAAUCAAAAUUAUUUUGGUGGUUUUCUUUCUUUGUUUAAACUUUAAUUUUAAAUUUUUUAAUAGAAUCUACAAACUAAAUCUGAUUGUCACCUCCACAUCCCAUCAUAUUGAACUAAAAUAGUAGUGAUGCCUCUAAUACAAAAAAAGAAGCAAAGUUUAAAAAAAAAAAAACAGUUUAAAUAAAUCGAGAUAUCAUUUUUAGAAAACAUUGCAUA